UUAUUAUUCCUGCAGUUGCUUCUCACACUGCUGUUCUUCAAUAUCAUAAUUUUUACGAUAAAAAUUAUCACUAUAUUCCUUUAGAAGAUUCUUCGUCAUCUCAGGAUUCUUUUCUUGUUCCUGAAGACUCCCAAGAUUUCUUCGACGAUAUUCUUGCUGAAUUGUUGACUAAAGAUUCAAUAGAGCCCAAAAUUUCUGAUAACAUACCUAGUUUUGUUGAUGAUUUGAUUAUCGCUCUUCCCAAUGCCUCGACAUAA